ACCACCCACCAAGAGGGAAAAGGGAGUGAACGCGAUUUAAUAAAGAAAAACAGCAAAAUUUAGGUGGACAAUUAAAUGUAAUAAAAUUCUAACAACUUCUUCCAUUUUUGAUUGUCGAAAAGUCAACGAUCCACAUGUUCGUAUCCUAUUAUGGUUUAUUGAGAGAAUUCCAGAAUUAGCCAUACAGCUCAUAUCAUAGAAAUUAAGCUGGUUUUGAAUAUUUGAAUGCUGCAAAUUCCGGGUCUGGAAUUCUAGGCUGUGUAUAGCACAAAUUAAAGUAAAAAGCUAUAGGAAAGACACAGCGUUUGUUUUUAGAAUUACAAAAAUUCAUUAAAAAUUUAACAAAUAUACAAAACAAAAAAUGCAUGGUUGAAAGCAGCAUAAAGUUUUGAAUAUUGGAAACGGAACGAUGAGUUUGUGAAUAAUACUCAAACACAGCAAUCCUAGAUAAGAGUGCUAUGAAAGUAGGAUCAUACGGUACUCCUCAAGAAAUAUACUUAAAAAGUAGGGAAAUUUGCACCACAUAAUGCCCUCUUCAAAAAUAUGCUAGCCAUCAUAGCGUGUUGCUUCAAGAAAAGAACGAAAAUAAAGUGUCAAGCUUUAUAAGGUGAAGAUAGAAGAUACAGGAUUUUUGGCCCUGUGCGCCUUUGGGUUGUUGAUAAAUCGAUUUAUUAUGGUGUGUACACACUUGUUUCAUUUUGGCUUGAGCUUAUGGCAGUAUGGUAAAGGCUACGGAAUUAUUCUCGCUAUUUGUCUAUUUUAAUCUGUAAUUAUAUGCAAUUCUAACAACAUAUCUAGGUUACUAAUAAGUAGUGUACAAAUGAACAUUUUGGCUAAUCCCAACAACUCUGACUUGCUGGUGAUUGAUAUUAAUGACAGCAUUAAAUUUUUGAAUUUAACACAUCAAAAGCCGAAAGUCGGAGUACUCUCAAAGGAUGAUUUCACCUCAACAUCAGCAUCACUGCCAAAGUUGCCUCAGCAUGUAGACUUUGAUAACGUUAGUUGCAUGACAUGGUGUUCGUCUUUUGGUACAUCAACUGCAAACUCUGUGGCCCUUGGCCUGAACAAUGGAAAAGUGAUAUUGCUUUGGCCUGACUUGGAGCAAAAUCACUCAAUAAAUUUGAAUAAUGGACUUAUUUAUCAAGGAUCAAAGCCAUGUACAGCCCUGGCUUGGAAUCAUGGUCAGCCAUCACUGUUAGCAAUGGGAAUGGACAGGAGUAGAUCAGAAAAUUCUCUUCUGAUAUGGGAUCUUAGUUCAGGCCAUGGAAGUGAUGUUGAUGAUGCAAAAAACGGUAAACAAGCACAUAGACCACAAUAUGAGACCUGCUAUGCUGAAGCAGUGAAUUCAACAUUGUGGAGUAAAAACGACUCAAAAACUGUAAUAGCUGGGGUAAGCAACAAAUCAUUACGCAUGUAUGAUUUGAGAAACAUUCGCUCGCCAACAAGUGCUGUUACCACACGAGCUGUGUUUGGUUUAUGCCAAGAUCCAUGUUUAGAUACCCAAUUUGCAUCUUAUUUUGAAAACCAAUUGUAUACUUGGGACUACAGAAACUUCUCAAAGCCAGCUGCAGUUGUAUCUGCUAAAUUUAAUAUACUGAAAGCUGAAUGGUGUCCUACGAGAAAAGGCUUGCUAGCUACUGUUUCUGGUAGCCUAAGUGAUGGUCAGAUUAUCAGAGUGUAUGAUCUGUCGCACACCAUGGUGACAGAUAGUGAUCAAGACAUAGCUUAUCGCCAUGUGGAACAAAUUGUAAAGCCUAACCUAGCCAGGGAUGAAACAGUACGCACCUUUGCAUGGAUGGUUGAUCAAAAGAAUAAAUUAAUAGCAGUCACUAACACAGGAACAUUACAUUGUGUUAAUGUUCCUGAAAGAAUUUCACACGGUUGGACAAAGAAUUCGAUUUUAAUGUCGGCAUGUAGGGAACACUACCAGUGCUUAAGCUUUAAAAAUCGAGCUGCUGAAAAGGCGAUAUCGUCUAAUUCUGGAAUUGAGCACAUUAUGUAUGAGCGUGCGACAAAUGGCUACGGCUUACAUGAUGUUGAUAAUCAUGACACAAAAAUAAACCUGGAACCACAUAAUGAUGCAUUGGUAGCUUUUUGGAAAUGGAUUAAAAAGGUAAAAGAAUCUCCCAACGCAGAUGGUAUUCAGGAUAGUAGAACUUCAAUGAAUUCAAGAACUCUGAAAUCUUGGCAUCCCAACACAUCUUCAAACAAUAAAUUUUCUGGGUUGGUUUCUGAACUAACCAAUCAAGCACCAAGCACUGCCCAGUUGGUAUCUUGGCGAGGGAUUUCAAAUGUUGACCGUACUAUUUAUAGCAGUCCCCAAAGAACAAAAGCUUUGAAAAUGUGUGGUUGGUCACCUCAUUUUUUUAAGCUGGAUGAAAAUGAUACUGGUUUCAGAAAUCAACUAUUUGCAUGUAUUGAUGUAAAAAGAGCUACUACUGUUGCAUUAUGGCAUCUUGACAUGGGCUUGGCUAUUGAGAUACUCCAGCGACAUACAUCGAACAAUGCGAUGUCAGACCGAGAUAGAGAAGAAUAUUCCAUUAUUGCAAUGGCGCUAAGUGGAUAUACUGGACACACUGCUUCACUAUUUUGGAAAGAAAUGUGCAAUAAUUUACAGAAGUCAGUGACCAGCCCCUACCUUCGUGCAGCAUUUGCAUUUCUCAGUGGACAAGGAAACGGCACUUACAAAGAUAUAAUAAAAGGUAAAGAUCUGUCAUAUUUAGAUAGAGUCGGAUUUGCCUGCAUUUUCUUACCAGAUGAUGUUCUGCUUGAGGUUUUAGACACAUUAUCUGAAAAUGCUGUGGAGUUUGGAGACCUGGGAGGUGUGGUUGUCACUGGCCUCUCUUCAGAGAAAGGCAUAGAGCUUUUGCAAAAUUAUGUUGAUAUGACAAAGGAUGUUCAAACUGCAGCUCUCUCCUUAAUCCAAACAGGAUCUAAUGAUAUUCUUAAAAACAAAAAUGCUUGUCAUAUAAUAGAUGGAUACAGAGAUUUACUGAACUCAUGGAUGCUCUGGAAAGAGCGGGCAAUUGUUGAUAAUGCCACAGGAAAAAUGAAUAUCGGCCUUCGAACAAAACAGUCGCUACAAUCUGUGUUUGUUCAAUGUAAUUAUUGUGGUAAAAGCGUUAAGCACAGCGCCCGCAUGCAAAAUAUCAGAGGGCGUGGUGCUGGUGCAUUACAAAGCCAUGGUAUGACGAAUAAAGUCACAAGUUGCCCCAACUGCAGAAAGCCACUUCUUCGAUGUUCGGUUUGCUGCAUGUAUCUUGGUACUUCACCAACAGACUCUUAUGAGGCAUCUGAUAAUACUCAAUGUCAUGAUGCUGAUCUGGACAGCUGGUUUACUUGGUGUCCUCAGUGUCAGCAUGGCGGCCACACCAGUCACCUCACAACAUGGUUCAAAGAUCAUGUUGAAUGCCCUUUGUCUGGUUGUGUAUGUAAGUGCAGCUUACAAUCUAACUGAAUUUCAUUUUAUUCACUGUGUCGUUUUUCAUUUCAAAU